GAGUGUACUUCACGUGGGUGAGGAAAAGAGUGGAGAAAAGAUGUCGGCUUCUUUACUAAGGAAGGGACUCGAGCUACUGGAGGCGACGGGAGUAUCCACUUCCCAGGCCAAGAGAGCAGCCACCACCGCCCAGGCCAACAAACAGUCGCUGAAAAGGACGAGAAAGAAGAAAUUGUUCUCAGGGUCCAAAAGAGACAAAGCCACAGUCAAAGGCAAAGUCACCAAGUCUGCAUUAGAGGAGUAUAGGAAAUGUCAGGCUGUUGAUCACUUUCAGGAGAACAUGAAGUACAUGACAAGUAGUCAAUUCAUUGCAGACAGCACUGUCACUGAAAUGAUUUUAACCCAAAACAGAGGGAGGAAAGCUAGAGACCACACUCAAGAGAAGGCAAAGAAGAAGCCGGAAGGCACUGUAUUCACCGAGGAAGACUUCCAGAAAUUUGAGAGAGAAUAUUUUGGGGGAGCUGGAGUAGUCUGACCAAAGAAACUGUGUCUCUCAUUGUUACAGAGGAAACAUCAAAGAUCAGCGUAUUUCCUUUCUGUAAGUGGUUGAAGCCACAUUUACUGUAGGAAGCUGCAGCAUCUUCACCGCUAACUUGUUCAGUCAUUUCAUGCGGAAUGUUAGUCUGCUCUCCAAACAGAGAAUCCUGAUCUCUUUAUCACAAAAAAAACAUGAUCCUCGUGAUUUACCCACUUUGGACUUACAGCUCUGUCACUAAGAUACUUCUGCUUUAUGAAUCUGGCUUGAAAGUCAGCCUCCACCCCACCCCUCCAGAAGUGAUGGGUGUAUCCAUAUUGACUUAAACUACUGGUUUCUGUAGGCAUGGGAGAGAAAUUGAAUGCAGAUGCUGGGACAAGGUGAAAAGUGGUGUUUAGGACUUGCACAGGAUUGCUUUGCUGUGACAGACAGACCCUCUAGAAAUAACUAAUAUGGAAAUUAUCUGUCUACCUCAGUCAUCUAUUAUAAAUAACAGCAUGACACUAGCCAAAGUAGUGUGGAAGACAGAACUUCAAAUUUCCACAACAGUACCAUUAGGAAAACUGUAAAUGGGAGUCUCAUUUUAUUUACUUGGCUUAAAAAAAUAGUUUGCAUAUAGUUCCUUAUUGUAUCCUAUGCAGUCAUCUCUCAAAAGUAUUGAGUUUCUGUAAUAUACAUCAGGCUACGUUAUCACUGCUUUUAUUGGUAAAUGAAAAGGAUCUCUUGCGGACUAUUUCUGCAAUCAUUGAGAGCUUAAGAUGCCCUUGGUUGUUCACCAUUGCCUAUGCUUGCUAAGGCUGGAGGGAGGGUUUACAAGUUGUCUACCUCUGACUUAAAAAUACCAGGAAUCACUGAAUGAUCUGGGAACAGUUGAUGCUGCAGUACUUCUGAAGAUGAACAGGCACAAGUAGGUCUGAUCAGAAAGUUGGAGAGGAGACUACUGAGCUCUCACAUAGAAGUUGGAUAUAAUGAUUUUAUUUAAAACACCAUACACCCUGUUCUAUUUCAGUAAUAAUUUAAAGCAGGAGUACUUGAUGUGUUUGGGCAGAGCUGCUGGAGGUUACAUGUCGGAUGGUGGCUUAUACAACUGCGUAUUUAUGCAUUUCUUAAAAAGUAUAGUAAUAGAACUGUGUAUUAUUGAUUAGAGUUGCUACACCAACACUGUGUUUUGCUCAAAGAAAAAAGAUCCACGUCUUGAGACAGCCCAAAACUUUGCUCAGCUAUUUGCUUUCUUCAUGUCCUUCACCCCAUCCCUUGCUAAGAGUAAGCUCACUAUUAGAAAGUGUACCUCUGUAUCUCUUUUGGUCAACCUGUUCAUCUGCAUAAGCGAAAUUGAGUUCAUGUGAAUUUUAAGUGUGCCUCAUAAAAGGGCCACACUUCUGUGUGGCAAUAUCUGAGGUUGGGUCCUGCAUUGUUCAGGCAACCGAACGGCUACCACUGGUGGAACAGAUUUUCCCUUGUCCUCUGCUUUCUACAGCAUCCUGCACGCCCUCAGAAUUCCUGGUUUGGAGGACAUGUAGGGGGUUGCAAGGAGCCAUAGAGGAAAGGGCCAUUCUGCUGCUGGGAUGUUGAAUCUAACCCAUUGUGUAAUCAAGUCUUUUCCCACUUACAUAAUUCUACAAGAUCUUCUCCAUCCCCUUUUGAUUAAAAUAUUCAUUUUCUAAUCAGUUUGGGGCCUAGCUACUCACUGGGCUAAAUGUGCUUGCCCCAAAGAUGGCAGAAGUAUCAACCAGCCCUUUCACAGACAUAGGGCAAGUUUGAAACCUCUUAAAUGUUAUUCUGCAGCUCAAGUGCUUAAUACAAGGUUCACUUGCAUAGAAGGAAGAGAAAUAUUUCCCCCCCCCUCCCUCAGUCACUCUAAAAAAAUAUUUAGAGGACAUUAUGUAACUGUUUUGUACCAGGUUUCUUGUCUUACUUUGCAAAUGUAUUUGGAAUGGGAGUAAACUAUUUUUUUAUCCAAA